AUGGGUUGUGCGAGCUCGAAACACCACCGCAAGCGUUGCGUUCAUUGCCGGCGAGGAUAUUCUCCGGUGGACAUGCCGCCGCGAAGCCAAUCGGUGCACCACCCACCCCAACACUCUGAAGACAGCUGCCACAUGGUCGCUCUCAGCUCCUCGAGCCUCGGAUCUCUCAAGCUCUGCGACUCCUCUUUCGGGCAUAACCACAAACACUUGGCAGACUUCACCGGGAAGCUCACCGCCGCCAACGAAUCUGAAGAUAAGCAAGUCCCCGGAAAUGGGUUCGGUCACAGAGCGAGGCCAGACAACGAGAAACUGAAUUUGGAAAUGCAGGCGAAGCUUAUGGAAGCUAAAGUAUGGUCAAGCAUGAUGAACGACAAAAUCCCCAAAAUUGUGCCGAAAACUCCGAUCUUGACGCCGCCGGGAGAGCCGGAGACGAUCAAUACAUGGGAAAUGAUGGAUGGGCUUGAAGAUAUGGUUAGUCCUCUUCGAUCACCGAAUCACGUUAGGAGCUUCUCGUUUGAUGUCUCUCGCAACAAUGGUGGCGAUUGCGAACGUCCAAAGUCGAACGUGAAGCCGGUGUGGCUUCAGAUGGAGGAAGAAGGGCUUGAUUCGAGCUGCAGAUUCAAAGAUUUCGAUCCUGAGAUCAUCUCCUCGUUCAGGAAAUCGCUCCAGGAGCUUCCUUCUGAUCAUCCUUUUCACAUCUCGAUUCAUGAUUUGAAACUGAAUCCACAAUUCAGUCUCUCUGAAGGAGAGGAGGAAGAGGAAGAAAAGGAGGAGACUUUGGGUGAGAAUGUUGGGAAAGAGAAAGUGAUACUCUACUUCACUAGCCUUAGAGGUAUAAGGAAGACGUAUGAAGAAAGCUGCGAUGUGAGAGUUAUACUGAAAAGCCUCGGGAUUCGAGUGGAUGAGCGAGAUGUGUCGAUGCAUUCGGGUUUUAAGGAGGAGAUCAAGGAGCUGCUAGGGGAUAGAUUCAACGAUGGUGUUGGGAUCAGUUUACCUAGAGUUUUCUUGGGGAGGAAGUAUCUGGGAGGAGCAGAGGAGAUUCGGAAGUUGAAUGAGGAUGGGAAGCUGGAGAAGCUUCUAGAAGGGUGUGAGAGGGUGGAAGAAAAGAAAAACGGGAAUGGGCAAGAGUGUGAGGGUUGUGGAGAUGUAAGGUUUGUGCCGUGUGAGACAUGUUCAGGGAGCUGCAAAGUGUACUAUGAAGAAGAAGAUGAUGAUGAUGAUGAUGAAAGUGGAAAGGAAGAAAGAGAGUUUGGGUUUCAAACAUGUCCUGAUUGUAAUGAGAAUGGACUCAUUAGAUGCCCUCUUUGUUGUGAUUAG